CGGCGUCGGGAGGGCGGGAUGGAGGGAGGGAGCAUGGCCGCCCUGGCCCGGCUUCAGGCGAGGUUGUCGGGACUGCGGGAAGAGUAUUAUCGUAGGAACAGGUCUAUAGAUGAAGACAGAAAAAUAGAGUACAAAGCUGCUGUCAAAAUCCAAAGCUGGUUUCGAGGAUGCAGAGUCCGAGCCUAUCUGAGACAUCUGAACAAAAUGGCAACUUUUAUACAGAAGUGGUGGAGAGGUUAUCGAAGCCGAAGAUACUUCUUAAAAAUGGUGGAGACAGCAUAUUUUAUUAUGAAGAUGAAUUUCUACAAUGAAAUGGCUGUCAGGAUUCAGAAAAGAUGGCGAGGCUAUUAUGUUCGGAAAUAUAUCCAUAAUUACUAUGAACUGAAGAAAUACCUGGAAACCGUUUCUAUGAACAACGAGUUUGUCAGGAACGAACUCCAACAGUACACAGAAAUGAAGGAAAAUGAAGAAAAAAGGAAAGACCUAGAAAAGAAAGAAAAGGAAAAGCAAUACCAAGCGCGAAAGAUGCAUUACCUCCUUAGCACUGAGCAGAUUGCAGGCAUAUACAAUUCACCAUUCAGAAAAUCCCCAGAUCCAAUGGAACUGCUGCUACGGAAGUCAAAGCCAUUGAGCCACAAACGGCAGCAAAUGAAGAGUCCCUUCACCUCAGAGCUCUAUGACUGGCCAACCUGUAGAAGGCCUCCGACUUUUUCCACAGCAGAGCCUCUGCCACCUAUUGGCAGACAGAAACCUCAGGGGCCUUUCCGUGAUACUGCUGAAGUAUUGCGGCAGCGCUACAAGCCUUUGGAACCAACCUUGCGAGUGGCAGCAUCAAUCAAUUCACCACUAGAGAAGGCCAGAGAGGAAAUGAAAAUGGAGGAAUGGCGAAACCGUGUACAUGACAAUGAAUUUCUACCAUUUUCUUCGUAUCAUAAAAAUGAGAAGUAUGACCCAUCAAUUUGUAGGUCAGGCAAAUAUGGCCAAGAAACUUAUGGAAUUAAACACUUCCGAGAAGUACAGCCUAAGAAGUGGAUAGCAGGCAAGGACUUUCAAACAGUGUCACCAUCAAUUGUUCUCUUUGAAAAAUUGGGAAAAACGUAUUCCAGAACUGGGCAAAUAGUGUAAUUGUCCUGGAAACUUCACAGUAUAGGACACCUGAUAAGUGAUCAAUAAAUGUAUUUCAGCAAAUGCACAGUGCUAUGUUGGCUGAAUGUCCCGUGAAGUACUCUUUCUGCAAAGUGAGGUAAACUAUAUCCAAAAUAGUGUUAGUUGAUUUUGCGUGAUCUCUAAGCAAUAAAGUUGUCAACACUUUUUUUUUUUUUCAGUUUUGCCCAAAAAAAGGUGUUGUCAUAGGAACAUGUUUUCUGAAAUUGCUAUAUUUUAGUUGAUGUAAAUCCUUUAGAAUACAAAACCAGAGUAAUCAAGUAAAAGACCUGGAAUCACAUUGUAUUUAUUAUAGAUUUGUGAGUGAGGUCAACACUGAAAAAAGAAAA